CUGCGCAGUGGAACCGGUGGGCGGGACGGGGGAAAUGCGGUGGCCGAGAAGUGGGGCGGCCGUACAGGCUGGGAGCCGGCGCGGCGUUGAGGCGGCUCGGUGUGGCCGCGGACCCGGGCUGGGAAGACCCGCUCUCCUCCCUCAGUCACUGAAAAUAAACUUUGCUGCUCUUUUGGCGGCGUUCUCGAGUCCGCCUCCCGGCCUGUGCGGAGGUCGGCCAGGAGGCUUCGUUCGUCAGUUUUCCCUCCCUCCCUCCGCCGGUGCCGGGCCUUGGCGCCAUGGACGCCACGGCGCUGGAGCGGGACGCCGUGCAGUUCGCCCGGCUGGCGGUGCAGCGCGACCACGAAGGUCGCUACUCCGAGGCUGUGUUUUACUACAAGGAAGCUGCACAAGCCUUAAUUUAUGCUGAGAUGGCAGGAUCAAGCCUAGAACAUAUUCAAGAAAAAAUAAAUGAGUAUCUGGAAAGAGUUCAGGCUUUGCAUUCAGCAGUUCAGUCAAAGAGUGCAGAUCCUUUGAAAUCAAAACAUCAGUUGGACUUAGAGCGUGCUCAUUUCCUUGUUACACAAGCUUUUGACGAAGAUGAAAAAGGCAAUGUGGAAGAUGCCAUAGAAUUGUAUACCGAAGCUGUAGAUCUCUGUCUGAAAACCUCUUAUGAAACUGCUGAUAAAACUCUGCAAAAUAAACUGAAACAGUUGGCUCGACAGGCACUAGAUAGAGCAGAAGCAUUGAGUGAGCCUUUAACAAAACCAUUAUGUAAAAUCAAGUCAACAAAUAUCAAACCAAAGCCACCUCCAACAAGAGCACAUUUUCCACUAGGGACUAGUCCCUUCCUUGAAAGACCUCAGCCCUUUAUAAGUCCACAGUCAUGUGAUGCACAAGGACAGAGAUAUACAGCAGAAGAAAUAGAAGUUCUCAGGACAACAUCAAAAAUAAAUGGUAUAGAAUAUGUUCCUUUCAUGAGUAUUGAUCUGAGGGAACGUUUUGCCUAUCCAAUGCCUUUUUGUGAUAGAUGGGGCAAGCUACCGUUAUCACCUAAACAAAAAGCUACAUUUUCCAAAUGGGUACGACCAGAAGACCUCACCAACAAUCCUACAAUGAUUUAUACUGUAUCCAGUUUUAGCAUAAAGCAGACAAUAGUAUCAGAUUGUUCCUUUGUGGCAUCACUGGCUAUCAGUGCAGCUUAUGAAAGACGAUUUAAUAAGAAGUUGAUUACCAGCAUAAUUUAUCCUCAGAAUAAGGAUGGUGAGCCAGAAUACAAUCCAUGUGGAAAGUAUAUGGUAAAACUUCACCUCAAUGGUGUCCCAAGAAAGGUGAUAAUUGAUGAUCAAUUACCUGUUGAUCAUAAGGGAGAAUUGCUCUGUUCUUAUUCUAACAACAAAAGUGAAUUAUGGGUUUCUCUCAUAGAGAAAGCAUAUAUGAAGGUCAUGGGAGGAUAUGAUUUCCCAGGAUCCAAUUCAAAUAUUGAUCUUCAUGCACUGACUGGGUGGAUACCAGAAAGGAUUGCUAUGCAUUCAGAUAGCCAAACUUUCAGUAAGGAUAAUUCUUUCAGAAUGCUUUAUCAAAGAUUUCACAAAGGGGACGUCCUCAUCACUGCAUCAACUGGAAUGAUGACGGAAGCUGAAGGAGAGAAGUGGGGUCUGGUUCCCACACACGCAUAUGCUGUUUUGGAUAUUAGAGAGUUCAAGGGGCUGCGAUUUAUCCAACUGAAAAAUCCUUGGAGUCAUUUACGUUGGAAAGGAAGAUACAGUGAAAAUGAUGUAAAAAACUGGACCCCAGAGUUACAAAAAUAUUUAAACUUUGAUCCUCGAACAGCUCAGAAAAUAGACAAUGGAAUAUUUUGGAUUUCAUGGGAUGAUCUCUGCCAGUAUUAUGAUGUGAUUUAUCUGAGUUGGAAUCCAGGUCUUUUUAAAGAAUCAACAUGUAUUCACAGUACUUGGGAUGCUAAGCAAGGACCUGUGAAAGAUGCCUAUAGCCUGGCUAAUAAUCCCCAGUACAAACUGGAGGUGCAGUGUCCACAAGGGGGCGCUGCAGUUUGGGUUUUGCUCAGCAGACACAUAACAGACAAGGAUGAUUUCGCCAAUAAUCGAGAAUUUAUCACAAUGGUUGUAUACAAGACUGAUGGGAAAAAAGUUUAUUACCCAGGUGACCCACCUCCAUAUAUUGAUGGCAUUCGAAUUAACAGCCCUCAUUAUUUGACUAAGAUAAAGCUGACCACGCCUGGGACCCAUACCUUUACAUUAGUGGUUUCUCAGUAUGAAAAACAGAAUACAAUCCAUUACACUGUCCGGGUAUAUUCAGCCUGCAGCUUUACUUUUUCAAAGAUUCCUUCACCGUACACCUUAUCAAAACAGAUUAAUGGAAAGUGGAGUGGUCAGAGUGCUGGAGGAUGUGGAAAUUUCCAGGAAACUCACAAAAAUAACCCCAUCUACCAGUUCCAUAUAGAAAAGACUGGGCCAUUACUGAUUGAGCUAAGAGGACCAAGGCAAUAUAGUGUUGGAUUUGAGGUUGUAACAGUUUCCAUGGUGGGAGACCCUGGUCCCCAUGGCUUUCAGAGGAAAUCUAGUGGUGACUAUAGGUGUGGGUUUUGCUACCUGGAAUUAGAAAAUAUACCUGCCGGGAUCUACAAUAUCAUUCCUAGUACUUUUUUGCCUAAACAAGAAGGACCUUUUUUCUUGGACUUCAAUAGUGUUAUCCCCAUCAAGACAACACAACUUCAGUGAUGCAGAUUUCAGCAUUUACUGGAUUUUAUACUUACCGAACAUCAACUCUUCGAAUGAAGACAGAAACCCUCAGAACAGAAUUAAAUCUCUAAAAAUGUCACAGUGGGAUCUGGUGCUUGGGUCACAGUGUUUAGAAAUGUAUGUAGUCAGAAUUACCCUAAAUCACUUAGAAGUCCUAGUUCCACGGUUUUGUGUGUACAAGGAGUUGGUUUGCAUUGAGGGGCCACAUCUUAUAAAAGCACGUGCUGAUGAUUAAAGGUUCGACUCUGCACUGUGAGAUGCCUUUGCUGAAAGAGCUGUGACCAGAUAGCAACAGGACAUAUCUGCUCACAUGGUGGAACAGUAGGCUGACAUAGAUCCUGAAGUAUUUAUAUUUGUCUUUUGGCAGAGCAUGUCGUAAGUUAAACUUGUGUUGUGACUCUACAUCUUGGGCAACGAAUUACCAAAUGAAUCAUGUCGCCAUAACAGAUUUUAAUUCUGUACUAUGACUUUCAGUGUUUGUGGCCCAGAUGUUAUGAAAGAAUAAAGCUUUAAGAAAUAUUUUAACUUAGUUAACAAUGAAGGUCGUUGAACUUAGGUACCUCCCAUUAAUUCAUGUGAAGAGAACUGAGAUAAAUUCAUUAUUGGAAUGCUUAUUUUUUAUCAGGCUGACUGAAGGUAGUAAUCUUAAAAACUGCUCUUACGGUGACACUGAAGAAAAUACGAUGGAAAAUUUAAUAUAUGGUAACUGUGGUUGCAUUUAGAGCAACUGCCAAGGUACUACUGCCGUGUAUAAAUUCCCAGUUUACAUAAAAAUCCAUCAGAGCAGAAUGAUGCUCAAGGUUUUAAACAUCUGAAAAUAAGGUGGAAUUUUUCAUUGUCUCUGCUUUAUAAUUAUCACAACUUAUUUUGUAUUUCUACUUCCUUUAAUUGAAAUAAAAUCUUUAUACUUAUGGAAACUGCAUAGUUUAACCUAGAGAAAUUAUUAAAGGACUUCAUGUAGUACGUUCCAUCUAAAUGAAAAUUCAUACUUCAACAAAUCUGUUUGAUAUUCAGGACAGUGAUUCCACUUUGGUAACUAUUUUGUGCUUUCAAUUUUAGAUGGAUUAAUUUUCUGUAGCCCUUUAAAAAGAAAAAUUUGUAGCAUGAAGUGUAUUUUAAACACAUGACUGGAACCUUUUGUAUUCAAUACAGUAAAACCUUCGUUUGCAAGCAUAAUUCAUUCCAGAAACAUGCUUGUAAUCCAAAGCACUUGUACAUCAAAGUGAAUUUCUCCAUAAGAAAUAAUGGAAACUCAGUUGAUUCAUUCCACAACCCAAAUAAAUUCGUAUAAAAAUGAUUAUAACACUGUAAUAUAAUACAAAAUAUAAAGAAAAAAAUCUGCACUUACCUUUGAAAACCUUCAUAGCUGGUGUGACAGAGAUGAGAGGAGGGUGAUUGUGUAGGACGACUUUCGCUAUAAUGGAAUCACUGCUAUCUAUUGGCUCAAUGGAAACUUUUUCUUUUUGUGUGACUUUAACAACCUAUCCAAUGACAUUUGCUUUUGUCUCCUUUUGACGAUUUCGUGGAAAUGUGACAUUGUGUUGUUGUUAAACAGAUUCAUUGCUCACACUGCUACAGCCUUAUUCAAGUGGUGCUUUUCUACAAAAUUUUGCACUGUUUUCCACAUUUUACACAUCUCCCUAAUUUCAUUUGAAGUGAGGGAUUCCUCUUCUCAGCAGACGAGAUGCAGACGUAGACUUCUUAUAAAAUCUUGCAAUUUCGGCCACUUGCAUACCUUGCUUCUACUUCUCGAUGACUCCUUAACUUCCGCCGUAAUGAUCUCCUCCGCCUUACUGCUUUUCUUUUCAACCUUUUUCCGCAUUCGGGCCAUUGUAUAUGCUCACACGGAUAUGGACUACAGUAUUAAUAAACUCUUGUCAUAUACUGUAAUGUUACUGGCAAUAAAGGAAAGGUUCUACAUCCGCAGGCAGCCUGACCUAGAAUGAAGCAAAGCAUUCCUAAGUUUACUCUUGUAUGGAAAAGCAAAGGACUGUCCGCAGGUGCUUUGAAGUGACAAAAAAUACACUAGGGCCGGUUAUAGGCACCUCCCAACAUUCUGAAAAAUCAUUGAUUUCUGCUGAACACUAUGGCCUGAGACUGAGUAUGGGAGACGAUCACCCACAAUCCCACAGAGAGAACGAACCACCGCUGGCUCAGUUGUGAUCAUGUGACAUUCAGCAUCGCAUACUACUAUUGCAAGACCUGGCUCGUGUAUCAACUUAAAAUUAGAAAUCUUUGCUCGUCUUGCAGAACAUUCACAGAACAAGUUACCGCAAUCCAAGAUUUUACUGUAUAUUGUACAGGGUGGAAAAUGAAAUAAGACCGAAUCCCUGCCUUCAAAAUUCCAAUAGAGGCCUACGUAUGAGCAAUAUACUAUUGAAUUCUAUAAUAGAGCUCCACGCAUGGUGCUACAGACAUAGCAGACCAGGUGUGGCUGGACCAACACAGAAAACAGAUCCUCAACUAGAUGCACAUGACAAUCACCUGGCGGAGCUUUUAAAAGCUCAAUACCCAAGUAUACCCCAAAUUAAUAAUACUGGUCUCUAGGGUUAAGACCAGGGAGUUUUUAAGCUUCCCAGGAGACUCAAGCGCAGCCGACUGAGACGCAUUCCUCCAACACCGUCACCUUGUCUACUUUUCCCCGAUGCCGUGUCUCCUUACUGCUCAGCUUUAGUAGCAGCCAAAGUAGAAUUCUAACUCAAACCUUGGUAAUCGGGACUUCAAUUAUUAGGACCCAGGACCUUAACUGGAAAUGAGGACCGAUGGUCACUGCGUUCCAUGCCCCUCCUUGAAGCAGGCUGCUUAGAAUGGAAGAUUUAGGCAACAUUGGGGUUUGUUCUUUGAAGACACAGAAAGGUAAACAUUUUCUGAAGCCAUUUUUAUUACACUCAAGGAAUUAAGACAAGUACAAAAUAACCUUGGAAUUAGGAUACUGGAUCAGUCAUUAAAAAAGGAGAAAACACUAUAGUAUGGAGAUUUACAAAUGACUAAAAUAGACAAGCUGUGUCAGAAUUCACAGACAACUUGAAAUGGGUUUG